UAUUAAACGUUAUUUACUUUUGUGCCAAAAAAAAGCGUUAUUUACUUAAUUAUAUAGGUCAGAAAAUAAUUAUUAACCUUGCAUAAUAGGUAAAGAAUUUGGCUUCACGGAUUUCGUCAAUCCUACCUUGUGUGGAGAUAAAAAGAUUAGCGAGGUGAUUAAAAAAAUAGCUGGCGGAGGAGUUGACUACAGUUUUGAAUGUGUUGGUAUAACUUCUGUAUUGAGCGAGGCUUUCAUUAGCACCCGCACGGGUACAGGAAAAACGGUAGCGUUGGGGAUAAAUCCUGCAGCUCCGACAGAAUUGCAUAGUUUUGAUCUUUUCAGAGGAAAACAUGUUUGUGGAAGUUUGUUUGGUGGUCUAAAACCCAAGCUAGAUAUUCCCGUUCUCGUGGAUCGAUACUUAAAGAAGGAGCUUAAUCUGGAUAGUUUUAUUACACAUGAACUGAAAUUUGAAGACAUCAACAAGGCUUUCGACUUAUUAGAGAAAGGAAAGUCUCUCCGGUGCAUUCUGUGGAUGGAUAAGAAAUAAAUAUCUUAUGUUAGAAGACGAAAAAAAAUAUUUUAUGUAAAAAGGUUAUGGACUAAGUCUUCUCUGUUUUUUUUUGUUUUUCUUUUCUCAUUUUAAUAAAUUAUUACAAAUAUCCUUCUGUUUAAUAUUAAGGUGAAUGAUGAAAAUUAUGAACUAUGUGAUUGAUUGGAAGGAAAACAAUGGACAUCUAUUUUUGUGUGCAGCUUUAUUCUAGCUUUAUUCUGAACUAAUCAUGUUUGAGCUUUAAAAAUAAAUCAACAUCUAAAACAUUAUAAGAGGAAAUAAGUUGGCUUUCAAAUUUUUUUUUUUUAAAAAUAGAUUUAUUUGGUAAUUUGAAUGUCUUUAAAAUAACUCUAUAGCAAAAUAAAAAUCAAAGUCAUAGCCAAAAAACCUAUAACUCCAAUUGUAAAGCAAAGGAAAACUAAACUACUGCUUCAACAAAUCAAACUCUAAUAUCUAUUCAAGAUUUUAAAAUCAUCAAGUCUCUAGAUGUAGGUCUCUAUAUAUUCAAGUUUGAAUCAUAUUAAUUGAUUUAUUUUGACCAAAAUACCUUUUCCAACAAUAAAUAUGCUAAUCAAAACACGAUUCGGAAACCACUACAAUUACAUUUACGGAAAAAUAAAUUAAAGAUUACCUUCCAGAACUAGCUAAGAUAUACCCAUUAAUUGGUUUUAGAUUUGGUAUUUGAAUACAUACGUUCAAAUCAGGUUCAUAAGACAUUAAUGGUCACAAAAGCAUUUGUUGAAUGUAUAAAUACAUACCCAACACAUCAAAGUCAAUAGUACGAUAUAGAGAAAAUUAGCAUUUUUUACUUGCACAAAAGAGGCAAAAUAUAAAAUUAACACAUUGAAAGAAUCAUGAGAUCUGCUACUGUUUUUAUGGUUUCUUGUAUUCUCAUGUUUUUUGUUCUGAUCCAUGUCAAAGAUGUAGAAGCUGGACUGACUCCAAUGGGUAGCCUAUGCGGCCAGAAGGAUAUAUUUAUCGGGAAAUGCGGCCGUGAUGGAAGCGAAACGUGCAUAAACGACUUUGUUAAGAAAGGAGGUGAUGGCAAUAGGCCAUAUAGUUGCAAGUGUGAUAACUUUGGCAAAAAACGUAUAUGCAGAUGUAAAGUUCCUUGUUAGCGUUCGUUACAACAAUAAAUAGAAGAAACUAGUUUUAUUGUGGUGUGCAUCUUAAAUCGCUUUGGACGUUAGAGGAAACGCAAAGAAGAAAAGAGUCACAAAAACUAAUAGACCUUUUAAACCCUGGUUUUGUUCAGAUUCUGAAAAUUUUGUACAGAACUGAAUUUUGGGAAAAAAAUGAAUGAAAAUAAGUAACUACAAUACCAAGUAAUUUUGUUUUAGAAAACUGAAUUUUGGGAAAAAUUGAAUGAAAAUAAGUAAUUACAAUACCACGUAAUUUUGUGGUUUCUAAGAAGAAACAAGAUUCAACGAUUGAAUCAUGAUCAGGUGUGCGAGGCUGUUCAUGAUCCGAGGCUCCAAAACGAUAAUUUGCGACUUUGCGUGUGUUGACCUAGAUUUGAGCUUCAACCAUAGGCAUGGAUCACACGAGAGGCUUCUGUCUACGGUCAUUGAUGGACUCUUACGAGUUUUUGAACGGAUACAAGUUUAGUAUUGGAUUGCACUAUGUGAGUUUUGGCGAUCCUCAUCCCAUCUUUCAAAAUUUUAUGCCCAUUGCAUUUCUUAAUUGGGAAAAACUGACUCUCCUGGCUCCGGAUACAUCAAGCAACUGCAGAACAAUUCUGAUAAUGUUGCAUUUGUAUAUUCUGAUGAAUUCAUUCUGUUUAUAAUAACUGUAGGAUUUAUAAAAGGGUGUCACAGUAAAUUUAUUGGGUUAAUACCAUCUACCUAUAUUAUUAAAACUGAAGUAUAUUUUAGAACUGUUUGAAAACAUAGACAACAGUAUCAAUAAAAAUUGUUUGAAAACAUAAAUAGCAUUAUAAAAAAGAAGUAUACUGUGUUUACCAAAAAAAAAGUAUAAUGUCAU